CCAACUUUCAUUUCGCCUUGUCAACAAAUGGUUUAUGCAGAUGUACCCGAUGACCCGACCGCUUACAAAAGAAAGGAUUACUGGGAGGAGCGGUAUGCGCGCGAAGAAUCGUUUGACUGGUUCAAGACUUAUGCAGAGUUGAAGCCUUUGCUGAAUGAACACAUCAAAUCAAAAGAUGCUAGGAUAUUAAUGCUUGGUUGCGGUAACUCCACACUCUCAGAAGACAUGUACGACGAUGGGUAUCAUAAUAUUGUCAACAUUGAUUUUUCAAAGACUGUUAUAGAAAAUAUGAAAGUAAAGUGCAAGGAACGUGUUGGGAUGGAAUGGAUUGAGAUGGAUAUCCGGGAUCUCACAUUUGAAGACAGCAGCUUUGAUGUUGCGAUCGAUAAGGGUACGAUGGAUGCCUUGAUGUGUGAUCGUGGUGAUGUCUGGAAUCCGGAUGCAGAGCUUGUUCGGACUGUAGCACAAGAAGUGGAUGAGGUUGUUCGAGUCCUGAAGGUGGGCGGUCAGUUCUUGUACAUUACUUUUGGCCAACCUCACUUUCGGAAAAGGCACCUGGAACGGCCCUGCUGGACUGUGGAAACAUCAACGCUUGGUGAUGCAUUCCAUUAUUUUUUCUACCAUAUGAUCAAACGGGACCAAGAGUCAUCAUAGAAUGAAAUAAAAUAACGCUCC